GCCUCAUUCCUCUCCUUUAUAAUUUCAUUCGUGGCCAGUCCACGCUUCGCGGGCCUCUCCAAGAGUUCAUGCACAAGGCUGUUCAUCGCCUUCAGACAUGUUCUCGCUCGCUUGUUUCUUGCUGCCGGGCAUCUUGGCGCUUGGUCCACAUGUGGUACUAGGAUCAUUCGAAAUCCAGCUACCUCCAGUGACCGAGUGCCAGCCGGUGCAGAUCACAUUCUCCGGUCAAGGUGCCAACAAUCAUUCCGUUCCAACUACUUUUACUGUACUACCUCUUGUGGACGACGCUGUGCCGAUUCGAAUCCCAAUCCCCAAUGGCGCAACCAAUUCUACGGGUGUCGCGUUUUCUUUCAUUCCCUUACCGGCUGGGACGGAUUUUAUCGCGUCUCUGGACGACGUCGAGGGUAUCUCUGCCCAGAUAUCAGACAUUACGCGCGUUGCCCCACCGGAUGGAACUGGAGACCCGACCUGUCUUGCCUCAGUGCAUGUUCCUACGGCCAGCUUCUACGCGUUUAACCACACCAUUGUCCAAUGCGAAGUGUUUUCCAUCACAUACAACACAACCGCGCCACCGAAUAUCACCGCUUUCCAACCGAGGGGUGGCUCGUGGAGUCUCCCCCUGCUAGCCAAUGCCGACAACCGUGGAGGAAUCGCGUCCUACACGAUGAUUGCUAUGCGGCAGUCCGAGUGGCCCUCUUGUUCGAUGACGGAAACGGACAUCUGCAGACCACGGAUCUCAUCAACGGUCAUUCUGAAUCCUCCAGUGUCUACACUCUUGCUGAAGGAGCCCACAGUUGUCGGAGAUUCUUCAAGUUCCACUGCCUGCUUUCCCCCGUCUCUCGACGCAAAUGCGGGUGAAUACUAUCCGACACCUGCAGGGAUGCCGAAACCCCCUCCCAAGGGUCUCUCUGCGGGUGCUGUGAUCGGCAUCACAACCGGAGCUUCCGCGUUCGCUCUGGCGCUCAUUUUCAUGUUAUGGUUCUACUUGCGUCGUCGAAGACAGAACCGGCGGACUUCGAAUGUGCAAUUCAACCGGGGACUGCUGGACACGCAGAGAUGGCCCGAGGAAGAGAAACAGAUCGAUUUCUCCAGCCCGACGCUCCCGCCAGCGUCGCUGUCAGCGACCGGAUUCGUUCGGGACCCCAUCUACACGAACGAGAAGUACGCCGCGUCGCUAAUGGCGGACAACCGAUCAGAUGCUUCGUCCUGGCGCCAGUACACUCCGGAGUCGCCAGGCGGGGCAGGCGAUACGCCGAAUCGAAGAACGAGCACCACUUCAAGUCGGCUUUCGAUGGCUACGGUCGACGUGCACAAUAUUCUGUCCAUGGCCACUGUCCACGGCGACAGAUCGAGCAGCGUCGUUCCCGCUGAGGUUACCGUCAGUCCCGAACCUGGUCUCGCCAAACCGGCACUAGCCCGAUUGGUGACUAACCGUCGCGAACGGAAGAGCGUUCGGUCAGACAUGCCCAUCCCAGCCCUAUCACCGAGGCGCGACUCGACUGACGCCGCGCUUGCGGGUCUACCCGCUGCCUACACUCAGCAGCCGUCAUUUGCAUCAUGGGACGGGAAUGAGGGCCCAGAAGAGGACAUUGGUAACUACCCCAUGGCACCAUUCCAACAGCCGGCGGGCCGAGACUCUUUGGAGAGUUGGGGCAACGCGCGAGUGCGAUAG